GGGCUCCCGGUCGUCGGCGUCUCCCGGCCCCGUCCGCCGCGGCGCGAGGACGCUGAGCCAGGUGCUCUCUGCAGGAGCAGCGGGAAGAACCAUGCAUGGGGGCCUUUGACACCAUGAUGUCCAUCAGGCAAAGAAAAGGAGUCAGAACCACAGAAGUGUCUGAGGACGGUACAGCCCAGCAGGAGAAUGUGACGCUGGAAAAUAAACCAUCAUCCAGUUGUACCAGCCGAAGAUUAUGGAAGAUUCUGUCAUUCACAGUUGGUGGAGCCAUAGCCCUUUGCACUGGACUCCUGACUUCUGUCUACCUGGCCACUUUACAUGAAAAUGACUUAUGGUUUUCCAAUAUUAAGGAGGUGGAGCGGGAGAUCUCCUUCCGGACGGAGUGUGGGCUGUAUUAUUCCUACUACAAGCAAAUGCUGCAGGCGCCCAGCCUCGUGCACGGUUUUCAUGACUUAAUGUACGAUAACAAAACUGAAUCCAUGAGGACAAUUAACCUCCUUCAGCGAAUGAAUAUUUACCAAGAAGUUUUUCUCAGUGUUUUAUACAGAGUUCUGCCCAUACAAAAGUACUUAGAGCCAGUUUAUUUUUAUAUUUACACCUUAUUCGGGCUCCAGGCUGUCCACGUCGCAGCCCUGUACGUAACCAGCUGGCUCCUGAGCGGCACGUGGCUGUCGGGGCUCCUGGCAGCGAUCUGGUACGUCGCCAACAGAACAGACACGACCAGGGUGGAGUUCACCAUCCCCCUACGGGAGAACUGGGCCCUGCCGUUCUUUGCCAUUCAGGUCGCAGCAAUCACGUAUUUCCUGAGGCCGAGCCUGCGGCCUCUGUCCGAGAGGCUGGCCCUGCUCACCAUCUUCCUGUCAACAUUCAUCUUCAGUCUGCUGUGGCAGUUCAAUCAGUUCAUGAUGCUGGUGCAGGCCCUGGGGCUGUUCGUCCUGGACGCCCUGGACAUGCUUCCCGCCCCGAAGGCCACGUGGCUGUACGCCAUACAGAUCGCCGCUUUGCUCCUGGUCUGCGCGCUUCAGUUCUUCAAUUCCAUGAUUCUUGGAUCCUUGCUUAUCAGUUUUAACCUUUCAGUAUUAAUUGCAAGAAAACUUCAGAAGAAUCUGAAAACUGGAAACUUCCUUAAUAGGCUUGGAAAACUAUUGUUACAUUUAUUUGUGGUUUUAUGUUUGACGCUUUUUCUCAACAACAUGAUUAAGAGAGCUCUCAGCCUGAAGUCGGAUGAGCACAUAUUUAAGUUUCUGAAGGCAAAAUCUGGAUUCGGGGCAACAAGAGACUUCGAUGCGAACCUGUACCUGUGUGAAGAAGCAUUUGGCCUUCUGCCCUGGAACACGUUUGGGAGGCUCUCGGAUACCCUGCUUCUCCACGCUUACGUGUUUGUCCUGCUGGUCACAGUGACGGCAGCACUGGCUGUCGCCCUCCGUAACCUCAGUUUGUCCAGUGCUUCUCCCGCCCAGCCACCCCUGGGGCAGACGGGGAAGGGCACGGUCAGCCUGGGAGCAGACGCCGCCUACAGCCUGGCGCACACCGUCGUGUUCGGGGCCUUGGCGCUGAGCACAAUGAGAAUGAAGUACCUGUGGACGCCACAUGUGUGCGUGUUUGCAGCUUCCGGCCUGUGCAGCCCUGAAGUGUGGGGGCUACUUCUGAAGGUCACCCGUCUUUAUAGCCCAGCCAGGAUGUGUGUGAUGCGGUACGCAGUUCCGAUGCUAACACUCUCCUACCUGUGCUGCAAGUUGUGGCCAGGAGUGAUGGAUGAGCUGUCGGAGCUGAGGGAGUUCUACGACCCAGACACAGUGGAGCUGAUGCACUGGAUCAGCACCCACACCCCGGGGACGGCCGUGUUCGCUGGCAGCAUGCAGCUGCUGGCCGGAGUCAAGCUGUGCACGGGCAGGACCCUCACCAACCACCCCCACUAUGAGGACAGCAACCUGCGGGCACGGACCAAGGCGGUCUACCAGAUCUACGCAAAGCGGCCUCCGGAGGAUGUGCACGCCCUGCUGCGAGCCCUGGGCACCGACUACGUCAUCCUCGAGGACAGCAUCUGUCACGAGCGCCGGCACCCGCGGGGCUGCCGGCUCCGCGACCUGCUCGACGUGGCCAACGGACACAUGAUGGAUGGCCCGGGAGAGAAUGAUCCAGACUUGAAGCUGGCAGGCCACCCUCGCUUCUGCGAGGAGAUCAAGAGGGACCUGCCUCCCUACACAGCCCUCUUCACCCGAGUGUUCCGGAACAAGACGUUCCACGUCUACAAGCUGGCCCGCGACAGGCACCCAGCUGCCCGUGAGCCUCCACCUUUGACGUGAGACUCGGUGUCUCAGUAGAGAGCAUUUCUUGUGUGAUUAGGUAGCUCGAACCUCAAUGCUGUGAUCUGAGUAAGUUCUGCAGAUGUUUACACAACUGUCCCGGCCUCUGGAGUGUCUUAGACCAGCUUAAUUCUUCUUCCUCUGUCCUUCGAAUGUUCUCUGUCCUAAAUGUCGUCGACUUCCUAGGGGGUCCAGGGUUCCGUGGCAGGAAGCAGUGUGUGCCCGUCAGUGGCCUGAACAGCCACGUGUCCUGUGGGAAACCCACAGCCUGUCCAGGGUUUGAAGCCCCUUGACCCUCCAGUUGACUUAGACAGUGCUGGUGGAGAUGUGCUGAGGAGGUGCAUAAUUAAACCAUUGAAUAUUAUCUCACUAGUGAAGGCCAAUCAGUGGCUUUUUAAAAGCUCUUUAUUGUCCUAUUUCACCUAAAAAAUUUAUAAUGUUUUCAAAUUACCAUGCUUUUACUAUUUCAGAAAAAUCAUGUUAGGUCUUUGUAACUGAAACGUUUUGUUGUGCUCUGCCUGAAAUGUAACGUGUAGCGUGUGUCACGUGUGUGCACAUGCACACGUGUGUGCGUGUCAGUGCUGGGCACAGAAAUGUUUCAGGUUCGUGUUGUAAGUCUUCACAGGAGCAAAUAUGUAUGUUCCUACUGUUCAGUGUCAUUAUUUUAAAACCUGCUGAUACUACGUAACCUAUCCUGCAAGAAAGAUAACUUUUCUUUCUUGUUUAGAUUUACUGGGUUUGCAAAGUUUUGUAGACGUUUUGUUUUUAGCCUUUGUAUUUUUUAUGGCCUAGAACCUUGCAAAGUCUGAGUAUUUUUUAAAUAUUGCAUCUUAACUAAUCCACUAAUACAGUGAUUUUGGCAGAGAGCAUUUUCCUGCCAAGUCUGACUUGGCCUCCAGGCUCACUGUGAGGGCCCUGCUGGCGGGACUGUUUCUCCCCGAACAGCAACCAAGUGCCUCGAAGUCCUGCCUACUCGUGAGCAACCAGGGCUGUGCACCUGCUCCGGGAGGUCUGGUGAUUGCUUUUAUCAUUCCAGUCUACCAGUGGAGACAUGUAAAAGUUACUGAUAAAAGCAUACUGUGCAUUUAAUUAAAUCACGAUGGCUGACGACAUGGACUUUCUCCCCUGUUCCUGAUGGUUGGAAGUGACCCUGUGUCUCCUUGCAGUUGUGUGAAGUGAAUCACCAGGCCUCCGGGUGUGUCUCGUGUACAAGCCGCCUGUCUGGCACAUUCUGAAAGAAGUGGCCCACGGGCACGGUGACCGAGGGUACUCAGCUCUCAUCAAGACGUGUUUAAGUGAAAUUGGACAGCUGGGGUAUUUGCGUUUGCAGUGACCCUCCUGAGCUAACCUUCUGUGACCUGGGAAGGGUGGGGACCUGGGCAGCUGCAGUGAUGAGGGCUGGGCACGUGGACGAGCCUGAGGGCCGAGUGGCCGGCAGCCCUCGCCGGCACCUGGCUCUGAGGCACAGGUUGGUGGACUGUGGGUUCAUGUUUUAAAUCCUGUUAACAUUCUGAGAUGUAUUUCAAUUUACUUUAAAUGUUCCUGUGUGUUCAUCAAAGCAUCUGGGUACGUGGAGUCCGGAGCAUGUACGUAAGCUGAGGCCGUCCUCACCGGUGGAUGGGUCCCUGAGCUCUCCUGCUGGGCUGGGGCUGUGGCCCCGAGAGCCUGCAGACGUCCACACACCUCUCCAGGUCCCCUGAGCCGUGUAGACUCUCUGUGCUCAUCAAGUGCCCUGUGGAGCCUCUUCCCGAGCACCUGGGGGAGGAGAGCAGUGAGCAGCUGCCUGGCCGGAGCCCCCCCGUGCGUCUCGGGGGCUGCGGUCGCUUGUUGACAACCGCGAGGGGCUGUCCUUAGGGUCAGAACCACACUCAGCGAGCGUCCAGAGAGCCUCUCGGGGCAGGAAGUGCUCUUACCUCCACUGUUGUGGCGCACCCGCCCCCGGACACCGCAGGGCUGCCCUCCCUCGGGACUGUGCCCACAGUCCUCUGCGACACCUUCUCUCUGGGCACAUUCCCGCGAGCCGGGGGACAUGGGGUAAAACCAACAGUUGCUUCUGGAAAAAUCAACAUGAAUGAUUUGAUUUGAUUUGAUCUGAUUUGAUUUGAUUUGAUAAAGGCUGAGAUGCUCAUAAAAAUAGCUUUUAAAUUGGGUGUGGUUGAGAAAAUUAUAAAAUAUUGAGAAAACAAAAUUCAAGAGACUCUCUGAGCUUCUAUUGCUUCAUAGAUUUAUUUAAGUACCCAUUACACUUUUUUAAAAUCUAGACUGACCAGGAGGUAUUAAAAUGUACCCAGUCAUAGUAGUGGUAUGAUGUAUACUCGGGAGCUAUAGUCGGGACCCCAUGCAAGAGAGUCCAACACAAGCAUGGUGUGUAUUUAGGGUUAGGGUCCCUACUGGAACCCUUACUUCACCAAACAGCCGACCACUGGUCCCGGAGGCUAUAGGAGGGUCCCCUAGAGUUGAAAAAUUCUAGUCACUUCUUUUUUUUUUUUUUCUUUAUUGAUUUUAGA